GCCCCCUUCACGCGCUAGGGCCGCCAAUCGUGCGCGAGGCGGCGACACCGCGUUUCCUCCAUAGACUUCCGCCUCCCUCAAGGUCACGUGGCGCCGGUCACGUGAUCGCAGGAAAGUGGAAGGCAUGGAGACGGCUGCCAAGUUCCAGCCCAGCGAGCACCAACACCUGCGCUACAACCCCCUGCGGGAGGACUGGGUGCUGGUCUCUGCCCACCGCAUGCGGCGCCCCUGGCAAGGGCAGGUGGAGAAGCCCCCCGAGGAGGACCCCCCACGCCACGACCCAGCCAACCCUUUGUGUCCUGGGGCCACGCGGGCGAACGGCAAGGUAAAUCCUAACUACGAGAGCACGUUCGUCUUUGACAACGAUUUCCCUGCAUUGCAACCAGAUGCUCCAGAACCUGAGGCCGAUGACCAUCCCUUGUUACGUUCAGCGUCAGCGCGAGGCGUGUGCAGAGUCAUGUGCUUCCAUCCCUGGACUGACCUUACCCUGCCCCUCAUGUCUCUUGCUGAGGUCCGCAGGGUGAUUGACAAGUGGGCAGAGAUAGCGGUUGAAUUGGGAGCCUCUUACACCUGGGUGCAGAUCUUUGAGAACAAGGGAGCCAUGAUGGGCUGUUCGAAUUCCCACCCUCACUGUCAGAUCUGGGCUAGUAACUUCCUGCCCAACGAAGCCUCGCUGGAGGACCAGUCGCAACGGAAAUACUACCGAGACAAUUCUGUCCCCAUGCUGCUGGAGUAUGCCCGGCUGGAAACCGAGCGGAAGGAACGGGUCGUGGUGGAAAAUGCGGACUGGCUGGUGGUGGUGCCCUACUGGGCAGUGUGGCCCUUCCAGACACUUUUGCUUCCUCGGAGACACGUCCGCCGAUUGGAGGAGCUCCGGGAGAGCGAGAGAGACAGCCUGGCCUCCAUCAUGAAGAGGCUUCUCACCCGAUACGACAACCUCUUCCAGGUGUCCUUCCCUUACUCCAUGGGUUGGCAUGGAGCUCCGACGGGACCGUACCUGGAGGCCGACUGCAGGCACUGGCAGCUCCACGCCCAUUACUACCCUCCCCUACUGCGUUCCGCCACCAUCCGUAAAUUCAUGGUGGGCUACGAGAUGCUGGCUCAGGCCCAGAGGGACUUGACUCCAGAGCAGGCCGCUGAACGUUUGAGGAACCUUCCUGAGCACCAUUACAAGCUGGACACCAAGGAGGCACCCUAGGGCAGAUGGUAGCUCUGCUGGCGUGUGGCAGUCGCACAAUCCGUAGCGGCUGACAAAGAGAGCCGCUGGACAUUAAAGGGUCUGUCCUUGGGGGCGGCUGAGAACUUUCCUCAGGAAUGGCCUGACCUCCGGCCGAAUGCCAGUCCGGCUGCCCGACUCCCCUAAGGCUGUGAGGCUAGUGACCAGUUAAGCCAGGACCUCUUCCCUUCUCAAAAGUCCUCUGCAGAACCGGAGGCUCCGUGUCCUGUGUGUCCACAAGAGCUGAGCCCCAUCCUUGGAGAAGGAGGAAGUGGGGGGCCCCUCUCCCCAACACCAAGUUUGUACCGUGGCUGCUCUGCCCAAUAAAUCAGACUGUUUCUUUUUCUGAACUCUCUGUUGUGACUCGUCCUCCCUCCUCUCCUCAGCCGGGCCCCUCCCGUCUCCAACCGGGUCUGUUUUCAGACUCCGAGUCUCAUAAUGAAGAUGAACGGCCUGUCAUGCCUCCAGCCCCCGGCCCUGGCCCCAUGCCCGGCAUGUGUUCCUUUGGCUCAGCCGUCAGAAGAAGCCAGCCAGGGAUUGGAAUUACUCGGGCCUACUCCUUCUGACCCCUCCCUUUCCCAAACAGCAGAAGACAAUUCAAAGUGGGAGGAUCCUCGCUUCGGGAGAUCUGAGAGGCGAUGCCAGCAGAAGGAAGGGAGGGGCAGGUCUGGAUAAAUGCUGAGUCAUGGAGCCACACCCCACAGCCUAUAUAAAGGACCUGCUUUUGGCAUUCCAACCUUGAGUCAAGCAAAGUCUCAUCUAGUUUGCUGAUAUCAGACUCUAUCGCUGAAGUCACAACUUGGACUCCUGCCUGCCCUGAUAAACCUCGAAGAAAUUUGGCAAGCUGCAGAGGCUUCGUUGCCACGUUUGAUGCGGACUUCCUUGACCCGGUCGUCGGAGGGGGAGUGACACUCUCCUCAAAUGAUGUGUUCUGUCCUCCUUCGCCUCCGUCUGAGUGAUGGCUUAAUUACCCGGCAUUAUGAGCUCUGGCAGCAGAAUAGCGAGCGUCUGCCAAGUAUCUCUUAUCUCCCUCGAUGCUGAUGAGUCACCCAGGAACAAACUUCAGCUCUUAGUUAAUCAGUUGAUUUGCCUGCUACGAAGAGGCACAGCAGUUCUUGCUGCCUUUAUAUCCUAUGGGGUGUGGCUCCAUGACUCAGCACUUCCUAGGCCUGCUCACCCCUGCUUCUGUUGUUCCCGCCUCUCCUGCCUACGAAACCUAGGGUCCAGCCAGGCCUGAUUGCCAUCAGCCGGGUCUGGAGGCGUGGCCGGGGGAAGGAAAGAGUCGGGACGGAGGCCUUGUUAUCUCCUCCACGUGGCCUGCCUCUGGCUCCUGGAGCUGAGCCAGGGAAGCUGGUGCUCCCGAGGUAAGUCCUGACAGCCCUUCCCCCUCACUUUCCAAGUCACUUUCUGGCAGCAGGCCCGGCUCGGGGGGCGCAGACACAACAGCUAGAAAGAGUGCAAAGAAGAGCAAUAGAGAUGAACAGGGGUCUGGAGUCUAAAACAUAACAAAGACCGGUUGCAGGAACUGGGCAUGUCUAGUUUAAUGAAAAGAAGGACUAGGAGGGACAUGAUAGCAGUCUUCCAAUAUCUGAGGAGCUGCCUGCCCCAAAGAAGAGGGGUGGUGUCGGUGUCAGGCUAUUCUCAAAAGCACCUGAAGGCAAGAUGGGCAACAAUGGAUGGAAACUGAACAAAAUGACAAUCAACCUUAGAACUAAGGAGAAAUAUCCUGACAAUUGGCCAGUGGAACAACUCGCCUUCAGAAGCUGUGGGUGCUUCAUCACCGGAGGUUUUGAAGAAGGGAUUGGACAACCGUUUGUCUGGAACGGUCUAGGGUCUCCUGCUUGGACUAGAAGGCCUCCAAGGUCCCUUCCAACUGUUAUUCUGUUCUGUUAAGUAAAAAAAACACACCCUUAUUUCUUGAAAACUGUUUUCUUUUCAUCCCCAACUCCAGGUGGCAAAUUAUUCCAUUUCCGUCAGGAAAUUCCUCUUGUAGUUUAGAUCUGAAGACUUCCUGCCCAUUGCUUCUUGUCCUGCCCUCAGGUGCUAUGGAGAGUAAAUUAAUGGCUUCCUUGGGGUAGCCCUUCAAGGACUGGAAGAUGCUAUCAGGCCUCCCCUUCUCCUAAGUUCAAGGUUGCUUCUCUCCUUGAUCAGUUUCCACCCAUUGCUUCUUGUUCUACUUUCAGGUGCUUUGGAGGAUAGGUUGACUCCCUCUUCUUUGUGGCAGCCUCUGAGAUAUUGGAAGACUGCUAUCAUGU